CCCCGGCCCGCGGGGAGCGGCGGCUGCGGCGGCGGAGGCGGGGCACAUCGAGUCAGACCUUCAAGUACUUUGUGCCAAAUCACUACCACCUGCCACAUGAGUCUAAGUCAUGACCGACGCCAAGUAUGUCCUCUGCAGAUGGGAAAAGCGAUUAUGGCCUGCAAAGGUUUUGGCCAGAACGGAGGUGGCAACAAAAACUAAGAGGAAAAAGGAAUUUUUUCUAAGUGUUCAGAUACUCUCCCUAGAUGAAAAGAUUAAGGUGAGGAGCACGGAAGUGGAGGCCUUGAAGAUGGCUCACAUCGAACGAAUCGCUUCCACGUUGGAAUCUACCCUGGGACCGAUCCUGUUCCGGACUCCCUGCGCGGCCGUCUGCGAGCGUUGGGAUCUGCUGGUCGCAUCCGUGGCCUCCGGUGUACAUAAGAAUGAGACCCGGACCUCCCAGAAUGAGGUUCCUGCUGAACCCCUAGAGGAGCUGGCCUACAGACGCUCGCUUCGAGUGGCCCUGGAUGUUUUGAACGAGAGCACAGGUCUGCCUCAAGAAAGCCCUUCUAGGGAAGAAAGAACCGCUCUGUGUUCACGAGAGAAGCCCAUGGAACUGGCCUCCUUGCUCUGUGACCCUGCCUCUUCCUGCGUCCAGGAGGCUGUGCCGGGCAGAUCUGGACCCGAGAGGAGGGAACGUGUCCACCCGAGGCUGUCAGGUUCCCCCACUUGUCAAAAGGACCCCAGGUGCAAGGUGGACCACAAGAAGGAGCUCAGGAAAAGUGCAAGCCCACAAGCCUUGGUAGUCCCACCAGCCAGAGGUGGUUCUCGGGAUGGUCGUGGGUCGAGAACGUGCUGUGCAAGUCGGACAACCCCUCGUAAAAGGGGAAGAAGUGUAGCUCGGGAGCCCGCCGUGGGUCAGAGCGCACCUUCCGUCUCGGAGGGAGACGAUGAAGAAAGCCGCCUGCCAGCCCCCGGCUCACCUCCCACCGUGAAGGAGGAGGGUCUCUGGGCCAAAGGACGAGACCCCAGCUUACCUUUGCCUGGCCCCACCGGGCCCCCAGCCUGCCCGGCUGCCCAAGGCCUCCCUGCCAAGCGGCCUCGCCCCGAUAGUGGCCAGAGGCCACCCGCAGCGCGGCUGGAGCCGGGGGCAGUGGCGUCCCCCAGGCAGGGGCCUGGGAAAUGCAGGGCUUUGCCCGGCGCUGCCACACUCCACCUGCCUGCCCCCCGGGCGUCCACGGAGGAGACGGGAGAUCUUCGAGUCCUCGUGGAGGAAGCUAAAGCCUGUCCGACUUCGGGAGAGUCCGUGGAGCGUGCGCCCGUCCGUUCCGUUCUGGAGGAGGAGGAGGACGAAGAGGAGCCCCCCCGCAUCCUGUUGUACCACGAACCACGCUCCUUUGAAGUAGGAAUGCUGGUCUGGCUGAAACACCAGAAGUACCCCUUCUGGCCAGCAGUGGUCAAGAGCGUCCGGCGAAGGGAGAAGAAAGCCAGCGUGCUCUUCAUUGAGGGGCACAUGGACCCGAAAGGGAGAGGCAUCACCGUGUCUCUCCGGAGAUUGAAGCACUUUGACUGCAAAGAGAAACAGGAACUUCUGAACGAAGCCAAGGAGGACUUCGACCAGGCCAUCGGCUGGUGCGUCUCCCUGAUCACGGACUACAGGGUCCGGCUCGAGCCGCCUCUGAUGGUGACCGGGCUCCCCCCUGCCCCCUCUGCAGGCUGUGGCUCUUUUGCUGGCUCCUUCCUGGAAUAUUACGCGGCUGAUAUAAGUUACCCUGUCCGCAAGUCCAUCCAGCAGGACGUGUUGGGGACCAGGUUUCCCCAGCUGAGCAAGGGGGACCCUGAGGAGCCUGUGGCGGGGAGCCCUCAGGGAAGGAGGCGGCCUCGCAGGAAGGUCCUCCCCGACCGCUCGCGGGCUGCCCGGGACCGGGCCAACCAGAAGCUGGUGGAGUACAUUGUGAAGGCCAGGGGCGCCGAGGGCCACCUGCGGGCCAUCCUGAGGAACAGGAAGCCGUCCCGGUGGCUGAAGACCUUCCUGAACUCGGGCCAGUACGUGACCUGCGUGGAGACGUACCUGGAGGACGAGGAGCAGCUGGACCUGGUGGUGAAAUACCUCCAGGGUGUCUACCAGGAGACGGGCAGCAGGGCGCUGGCGCGGAUCAACGCCGACAGGAUCCGCUUCGUCCUGGACGUUCUUCUGCCUGAAGCCAUCAUCUGUGCGAUCGCUGCGGUGGACGCCGUGGAUUACGAGACGGCCGAGGCGAAGUACCUCCGAGGACCUUCGCUCAGCUACCGGGAAAAAGAAAUGUUUGAUAACCAGCUCCUGGAAGAGAGGAGUCAGCGGUGCUGACGCUGGAGGGGCUGCUGCGCGGGUCCUGUGGCCGGUGGGUCCGUGCCAUCCUCACGGGGGCUGGAGUGUGCGUGCUUCUCAGCUGUGGCUUCCGUUUUCCUGGCUUUUUUUGGAAGGUACAGUUCCUGAAAGGUUUUUGAAGCAAAUGUUUUUAUUUUCCUUCGUAUUAUCAUUUGCGACUGUGCUGUAUUGUUUAACAUAAGGCGCACAUUUGUUUUUUUAUGUUAAAAAGCAUUGUAUCCAGUAUUAAAGAGUUUUAAAACAGCCCGA